CGCGGCCGUGGGGGUCAACUGGGGCACGAUGAUGUCCCACCCGAUAAGCCCGUGUCAGGUGGUGGCCAUGCUGGUGGCCAACGGCGUCGACCGCGUGAAGAUGUUUGACGCCGACCCCUGGACGGCCCUCGCGCUCGCCGACACCGGCAUCCAGGUCAUGUUCGCCGUCCCCAACGACCAGCUCGAGUACCUCGCCGGCGACCCGCGCCGCGCCUACCUGUGGGCCGAGCAGAACGUCUCCGCCUACCUCGAGGCCGGCGUCGACGUCAGGUAUGUGGCUGUUGGGAAUGAACCUUUUCUAAAGAGCUACAAUGGCAGCCUAAUCAACGUAACCUUUCCUGCGCUCAAGAAUAUGCAAAGAGCUCUAGAUAAACUGCGUUUAAGUGAGCAGGUAAAGGCAGUUGUCCCACUCAAUGCUGAUGUCUACAACUCUCCUGAGAAUAAACCAGUGCCAUCGGCUGGGAGUUUCCGCAAGGAUAUCAAUGCCCUAAUGGUUGACAUUGUCAAUUUCCUCCAUAUGAAUGAUGCACCCUUUGUUGUUAACAUCUACCCGUUUCUCAGCCUAUACCAGAAUCCAAACUUCCCACUCAAUUUUUCCUUCUUUGAUGGUGGUAGCAAGCCAGUUUAUGACAAAGGUAUGGUGUACACCAAUGUGUUUGAUGCCAACUUCGACACCCUUGUUUGGUCGCUCAGGAAGGCUGGCGUGCCUGACAUGAAAGUCGUUGUUGGAGAGGUUGGCUGGCCAACUGAUGGUGACAAAAAUGCAAAUGUCAGAUAUGCACAGAGGUUCUAUGAUGGUUUUCUGAAGAAGAUGGUCGGCAAUAUUGGGACACCUCUUAGACCUGGUUGGAUGGAAGUUUACCUAUUUGCACUGAUUGAUGAGAACCAGAAGAGUGUACUGCCUGGGCGCUUUGAACGCCACUGGGGACUACUCACCUAUGAUGGAAAACCAAAGUUCUCUAUGGAUCUCAGUGGAGAUGGCCUAGACAAUCUGGUUGGAAUUGAAGUGGACUACUUGCCAGCACAGUGGUGUGUUUUCAACAAGGAUGCAAAGGAUAAGUACAAAGACUUGGCAGCAUCUGUAGAUUAUGCAUGCUCAAAUGCAGAUUGUACACCUCUGGGCUAUGGAUCCUCCUGCAAUGGUCUCAGCCAUGAUGGCAAUAUAUCAUAUGCAUUCAAUAUCUAUUUCCAAACAAUGGAUCAGGAUGUUAGGGCAUGUUCUUUUGGAGGCCUUGCAAAGAUCACAACGAUCAAUGCAUCACAGGGAGGAUGCUUAUUUCCAGUGCAGAUCAUAAGUGCUUCAGAAAGGGUGGUGCCAGUGAGAUUUUCGCUUAUAUCCUUCUUGGUUCUUCUAGUGGCCGUAUCCAUUCUUACAUAGCAAAUGGAGGACCGGUAAGCACCAAUACCUUGGGCUGUUGGAGAGUUGAAGUUACAAUAGGCUUGCACAUAACACAGGAAAGAACAUAGCCACAUAGGUACUGAUACUUAUAGUCUGAUGAUACCUUGGGUCAUUGAAGAGUUGAAACUACAAAAGGUUUUCACAUGACAGAGGAAAGAAGAUAGGUUUGAAAACAAACCUGUAUGCCUUCCCCACCAUGCUUGAAGUAAUUUGCAUGGAUGAUGAAUGUGAGACAGGGUAGGGUAUGCCUUCUCUUUAUACUAAAUUUUAUUUUCAGCUUGCAAUCAUGCAUUUUAAUUGUCAAGCUGAGUAGCUGAUUGCUGCUAUUUUACAGCAGCUUUUUUUAGUGUGGAAUACCAAAUAUUGAUGCUACAAACAUGAGGCUAUAACCCAUGUACCUUGGUCAUGUAUGAAUGAACACUCUAUGCAAUUUUAAAUGCUCACCUAUUUUGCUCGUC